UCCAUAAAAUUUAAAUUAUGGAUCCGCCUAUAUCUCCAAGGACCUUAUUUAUAAGUAGAGGAGGCUAUUUGGGUUUUCUGUCUCAUAAUCUAAAGGGAUUAUGAUGGUGGCUAGUUUUGGAAUUCGACAUUACUUACGUAUUUUGUUUGUUCUUUCAAUUAUAUUUUGUGUUUCAGCACGAAACUCCAUUUCAAUCUCAGGUGACGCGAUGACAAUGUCACAAGUGCAGAGGAGAUCACUGCUUUCAGUGGAGCUACAGGAUUAUGAUCCACCAUCUGCGAACCGCAACCACUAUCCUCGCAAGCCGGGCAGGUCCAAUGGUGGACAUGGCCGUGGUCACUAGAACAGGCCAUGGCUAGUUCACAUGAACCUAAACUACAAUAUAUAAUUAGUACUAGUAUAUGAUAUAUCUUAACUAGUACGAAUAAAACACCCAAAUUUGUAAUGCAAAUUAAACUAGUAUACUCCUUGAUCAUACUCUAUGAUUGCUUAUAGAGUAGUUACAGUAUGAAUUUAACGAUAAUAUCUUUAUGAUUAAUUAAUAAAACGAUGUUUGAGUUCUUGAAUUGAUAUGUGAGAAGAUGUUGCAAAUGGAGAUAUUACAUUUUCGAUCAGUAGAGUCAGGAUCAGUCCAUUCCAGGUACUGGCCUUGUUUUUUUUUUUUUUCUUCUUUUUUACCAAAUACGUAGUAAUUGAAAAAUAGCCACUAUCAUAAAACUUGAAUUUCACGGGUGAAACUCCAUAACAUUAACGUGGAAUUUAAUUCAGGGAAAAGGACAGAAACGACACUUCAAAUUAAACUAUUUCCAUGAAAAACCAUGAAAUUUAAAUUCCACUUUCUAGCCAUUUCAAUUUACUGGUUUGUUCUAUACCGUUUAUACACACCUUCUAUACAG